UUUGGUUACAUGAAUUGCACUUUGCCCUGUAAAGCUUCGUGAUUUUGGGGUGGGCUUUCAGAUUUUGCACAGCCUUGGAAUUAUUAUGCACCAACUGCUUUUUUUAUUCUGCUAUAUUACAAAUGAAGGAACAACAUCUUCAGCAAGUACUUGAAUGCAUUAUGCUAAAACAUAAUUGUUUGUGCUUGCCAUGAUGGUACACAUGGCAAUAAUAUUGACUUUUUAUAUAGUAUUUAAAUUGUUUCCAAAAUGGACUUGUGUGUAUUGGCAGCAGAUGCUCUCGUGUAUAUAUUCUAGCAUUUGUGCGGAGACAACUGCAGGCUUGGAGAGACAUGUGCUGGGUGUACUGUUCCACAUCAAUGGUACCAUGUGGUAGGCCAAGAGUAUAAUGUAAUUAUAAAUGCAGCAAUCCUUAUUUCUUGUGGCUGCAGCCAUGUACGUGUAUAGUCACGUGCAGUACUAGUUUGGGACACAUGGUAAGUGUUGCCUUUCUAUGCUUCCUGUGACAUUGCAGUUUCCUUGUCUUUGGCAUCCCUAGAGCAGUCCCCUUCGUUGGAACUGCAUUCCUGCCCGCAGUGCAGCUAUGUGACCAAGAAAAGGGGUUCCAUGAACAGACACCUUCGCAUACACACGGGCGAAUACCCCUUCCAGUGCCACUUGUGUGCAGCUGCAUUCACUGAGAACUCCAAACUCGUGGCUCAUUUGCGCACCCACACGGGAGAACGUCCCUAUUCCUGUGCUCACUGCAAUGCAUCCUUUUCAGUCAGUGGAGCCCUCAAGACCCACAUGCGCACCCACACAGGAGAGCGUCCCUUUUCCUGUGACCAUUGUGAUGCGUCGUUUUCGCAGAAAACACACCUCGUUACUCACAUGCGCACCCACACGGGCGAGCGUCCCUUAUCCUGUGAUCACUGCAAUGCGUCAUUUGCACAGAAAGCGCACCUCAUUAGCCACAUGCGCAUCCACACAGGAGAGCGUCCUUUUUCUUGUGACCAGUGCAAUAAGUCAUUUUCGCAGAAACCGCACCUUGUUAACCACAUGCGCACUCACACAGGAGAGCGUCCCUUUUCCUGUGACCAUUGUGAUGCAUCGUUUUUGCAGAAAACACAUCUCAUUACGCACAUGCGUACUCACACAGGAGAGCGUCCUUUUUCGUGUGACCAUUGUGAUGCAUCAUUUCUACAGAAACCGCACCUCAUUACCCACAUGCGCACCCACACAGGAGAGCAUCCUUUAUACUGAGUCCACUUUAGUGCAUCCUUUACUCCUAAAGCUAUGCGCAGCCACCUGUGGACCCGCAACAGUAAAGUGUAGGUGGAACAGAAAAAUAUGUAUUCAUGCUAAUGUAAAUAUGUUUAAAGCAUUCGUAUUAAGAGAAGGUAGCAUGAUUAUUACCAAGAAGGCUGUAUAAAGCAUGCAUCCCAAUCGCUAAACAAAAAAAAAAGAGUGUGGUACAAAUGAGUUUCUAGAUGAAGGGCUUGUGACAACAGAUUGUGCAGUAUUACUCGUCAUUCAGCUUGUUAUAAAGCAAGACCAGAAAACUAGAAUGGGAAGGAAGUGUGAAAAUUCUGUUCCUCUAAAAAUCUGAAUCAUCUUCUAGGUCAGUAUAUGCACAAAAUAAGACCAUCUACAAAGCUUGAUACAUUUGAAGAUUUGCCAAGCAUCAUAAUGCGCUGGACAUCACGAAGAAAACCGUCGGCGUUGCGGGACGGGCAUUACAUGUAUCAAUGUAUUUCCUUACAUCACCUCGUAAGACGUGUACCUUCUGAUGAUUUUAAGCAUUGCCCUUCAAUAAAAGAUGAGGGCUGAUA